AGACAUAAAUAAGGCAUCAAGGAAUCAACUUCGUCAAAGCUUAACAUCCAGUUAUGAAAACCAUUAAAGCUUUUAUCAUUACUAAUUUGAUCUAUCAAACAUUUGCAGGAGGCCCGGGAGUUCCACAAUCUAGCUUUACAGUUCCAACGCCAUGCAUUACAUGUCGCAAAAUUUUUAUUGAUGGAGAGCCUCCAUCCAAUGUUGAUUGUGAUCCUGGCGCAACAGCAAAGGUUCUUACAACAGUAUUUUUCACAACAGCACUAGGAACAGUUGAUGGUGCCUGUACAGAUCCAGUUGUAGAAAUAACUGUUUUUGAAAAGCACAACACAAUCUCAUUCUUUUCAACGGAUGUUUCUAUGGAAUUUAUUCCUACAUAAGAUGAAUAUUUAUUAAUAAAAAUAAAGGAACUUAUUAAGCUUUACAGCAAAGGGUCUACAACAUGAUAGGAAUUAAAUUUGUUUGGAAAUUCCUGCUAAUUUCUUGUCAUGCUGUAAAAUCCUUGCUUAACUUUAAUUAUUUCUACAAAGCUUGAG